ACCUGCCAGGAGCUACCACUAGGCAAGGCAACACUGGAUGGUUUUUGACCCUGAAAAUGAACUUUAGGAGGAUUUUCCUAGUCAAGUGCUUGCUGCUUUUAUUUCCCAGUGUACAAUGCUCCAGCACCAGCUGGAUUUACAAGGCAGCGAACGAGACAGCUCUUCUCAGCAUCACUGCUCCUGGGAGCAUCUACGAGGCCACGUGGAGGAGAGGGCCAGAAAGGCUGGUUCAGAUCAGAGAAAACAGAGCCAAGCACUUUGUGAACAAGGAGCAGUGCAGGUGUGCCAUACUCCGGAACGGGACCCUGCAAAUCCAGCGCCUGCAGAAGGAGGACAGUGGGCGCUACACGGUGCAGGUUUAUCAGAAGGAUGGACAGCUGAAGGCAGAGGAAAAUACAAUGUUAUUCGUUCAGGAGCCUGUCCCUCAGCCAGUCCUCAUGGCUGAAUGCAGGAAUAAAAGUGUGUCUGUCAAGUGUGAAGCCAAACAGAAGGCCAAGGAUGAAGUAUUUAUAAUAGAGCUGACCCAACCCAAUGGCAAAAAAAUCCAAAAGAAUGCAACAGUGCUGGAAUGGCACGGGUGGAAUUCUGGGACGUUCCAAUGCGUUGCUAAGAACCAAGCCAGUGAAAAAAUGGCUGAAAAAGUAAUUAACUGCUCAGGCAAGAUGGACUUUUACCUCAUCUUGAGCAUAGCAGGAGGUGCAGUCUUCUUUGUCAUCUUUGUGAUUUGUCUUAUUUAUUGUAUCAGAAGGAGGAAAGCAAAAAGGAAUGAAGUUUAUGGGGAGGAGCGAGCGAUGCAGAGCCUGCCCAUGGACCAUGAGAGGGGGAUGAUGAGGGAGCUGCCCCAGGCUCCAUCCAAGCCCACGCCGAAGCAGCAGCGAAUGCAGCAGCGGCCGCUGCCCCAGCAGCCCCAGGAGCCACAGCAGCCUCGGCCCCAGCCACGGCCCCGCACCCAGCCACGGACCCCAAACCCCCCCAGACACAGGCCCUGAGCACACAGCCUGGCGUCUAGCAGAGCCCACAAGGCUUCCCUGGUGUUCAGCAGCCUAAGGUGGGAAAUGCCAACUCAUGGUGACGGGACUGGAAGCCCCUCUCUUCGGACCCCUGCUUAUCUCUCUGUAAGACUACAGGUCACUUUCCUUUAACCCUUGCUAUUGGACAAUUUCCAAAACACCUGACCCCUAUAUAAAGAGCUGCUUUUGCCCAGCUUGGGCAAAAGAGCUGUCACUGGGAACCUUCACAGAAGAACCUUUUGUUCCUGGGAACCU